AUGGCGUACGCGGAUGUUCUCUUCCUGGAUGACUGCAGCGAUGAUCCAGACGAAUUUAUAGGACAUGAUAUUGAUCAGACAGUCAGAGAGUUGGCUGACCCGGCAACGCGCAAGGCAGCCAUGCAUGCGCUCUCAGCACACCCUUAUGCAUCAGAUGACUUGGUGGACUCUCCAGCCUGGCCGGCCUUCUGCAGCAACCUCAGCACCCUGCUGGCCGACUCAGACGCGGAAGUGAGCAGCGCAGCCGUCGCCUUUGCAGAGAAAGUCUUCAGGGAAGUCCGAGGCAGCAAGCCCCUGGAGCUGGCGGACCUGUGCCUUGCACUGGCAGGCCAUGUUGCCAGCACCCCUGCACCCUGCGAUGAGAGGGGGACAAUACUGGAGAGCACCUCAGCUGGGGCCAGCACCACGCAGCCAUGCACGUACACAGCGCAGGAGACAGGUGACACUGUGAGUGACAGAGCGGCAGUGAGGGCGGCAGCAGUGAAGCUAUUGCUGAGGUGUCUGCAGGCGCUGCCGAGGGUGUGGGCCACAUUCAGGGAUCCCCUGCUGCAGCAGCUGUGGGACGCAGUGUGCCCUCUGCUGAAGCUCCAUGUGCACAGCUCAGCCGACAGCAGCAUGCAGCAGCCAGACCACAGCGGCAGGAUUGUCGAGCAGCAGAGAAUGCGUCACUCAGCAGCUGCCAGCUCUGGCGACCAGCGACGGCCCAGCGAUGGACCCUCCCUUGGCGAUGCAGAUUGCAGGGACAUUGGAGGCAGCGUCAAUGCAGCUAAGGAGCAGAGAUUGGGUGCUCCAAGGCUGGAGGGUUCUGGGGAGCUCUGUGGGCCACUGGUGGAGUUGUGCUCGGCUGAGGGGUGGAGUGGGGACUGGUGGAAGUGGCUGCCAGGGGCUCUACAGAAACAUGGUGUCCUCCCCGGACUGCUCGGGGUCUGCGCAAGGCUUGCUGACUCUGCUGACAGGUGCCGGGAAGCUGGCGCAGCAGAAGCCUUUGCAGUGCAGGUGGUGGGAUCAGUGCUGGCCCUGUCCCUCGGACGUAAGCUGUACCCCAUUAGCUGUGCAACGCUCACGUGUUUGCCACAGCCGGUGACAGUGCAGGAUGCCAUCAUGUGUCUCAGUCACAUUGGCACCCAUCCCCUCAGGGCAGAUGCAUCAGAGGCAGAGCAUGAUUGGACAGCAACCAAGGUAGCGCUGGAUGCGCUGCAGCUGCUCUGCAGGGACGACAGCCCAGACUUCAGGAUCUUGGCGCAGCGCAACGUGCUUUACCUCGCCUCAGAAUUGGAACUAGCCAAGCAGUCUACAAGUAGGGACAGCUGCACCGAGGAAGUCUACAGGCGCCUGGAGUGCAUGCUGGCCCUGCUUGCCCGGACUGCUUAUGGGCGCAACCGCUUAACCUGCCGCGACUGA